AUGCGAAAUUUUCUUAAAGAGCAACAACGAUUGGUACAGUUUUUAACAGCGCUUCGCAGUGACUUCGAAGGACUUAGAGGUUCAAUUCUGCAUCGUACUCCACUGCCUUCUGUUGACUCUGUUGUCAGUGAGUUAUUGGCUGAAGAAAUACGUCUUCAGUCUUAUUCUGAAAAGGGAAUUCUUUCUGCUUCAAAUCCUUCUGUACUAGCAGUACCUUCUAAGCCAUUCUCUAAUCAUCAGAACAAGCCUUACACAAGGGUUGGCUUUGAUGAGUGCAAUUUUUGUAAGCAGAAAGGUCAUUGGAAGGCUCAGUGUCCUAAGUUGAGACAGCAGAAUCAAGCUUGGAAGUCUAGCAGUCAGUCACAAUCUAAUGCUCAUCGACCACCUCAGGGUUAUAAACCACCACACCACAAUACUGCAGUAGUAGCUUCCCCAGGCUCUAUUACCGAUCCUAAUACUUUGGCUGAGCAAUUUCAGAAGUUUCUCUCCUUGCAGCCACAAGCAAUGUCCGCUUCUUCCAUAGGUCAGUUGCCUCAUAAUUCCUCAGGAUCUGCAGUCUCAGAAGCUGAUUGGGACAGGCCGUAGGGAGAAUGGACUAUAUAUUUUGGAUGAGUUAAAAGUGCUAGUUGCUGCUGCUGCCGCUGCUGCUACUACUGCUGAUUUGUCUUCUUUUCGUUUGAGUCUUUCAUCUUCUAGUUUUUAUUUAUGGCAUUCCCGUCUAGGUCAUGUUUCAUCUUCUCGUUUGAGUUUUUUGGCAUCCACAGGAGCUUUAGGAAAUUUGAAAACUUGUGACAUUUCUGAUUGUAGUGGAUGUAAACUGGCAAAAUUUUCUGCUUUACCUUUUAAUCGAAGUAUUUCUGU